AUGGUUAAAAAAAAUUUCAUAUUACCUACAGACAAAGAAAGUAGUUCGAAAAUUAGUGUGGGUCGACCAAAAACUAAUUUUAACGAGUGUGCCGAAAGAACCAAAAUAAAUAAAGUGAAACAUUUAGUAAAAUCGUAUACUUCUCCGGAACUCAGCUUUGCAGCCUCAGCUAAGUAUCAACUAUCUGGGAAGAGGUGUGAAAGUCAACUUUUUAAGGAAAGUGUAAAAAGUCCGAAUCGUGCAAAACAAAUUAUGAAUUCAUAUACUUGUGUUGAAGAUAAAAAACCUAUUCCAUAUAGUAUUGAUGAAGCUUUAGCAUUAUUAGUGAAUAAUAAACUAACCAAACAACAGUAUGUUAAUAUACGAAUUAGCUCAAAAAAAACGAAAUUGUGA